AUGGCCAAGAGACUCAGUGGCUUGCAGCGUGAUGUGCUUCAAAUGUACAGACUGUGCGUACGAGAAGCCCACAAAAAACCAGUGGCCAACAGGCCAAACUUCAUAAGAUACAUCAGAACAGAGUUCAACAAAUAUCGAGACGUUCCUCGUAAAGACUUCAGCACAAUCGAACAUUUACUGAGAGUAGGACACCGCAGGCUAGAAACUUUUGCAACUCCUGAGGUGAAGGACAUCCACUGA